AUGGUGAUUUCCUUUUUUGGUAUUGGAAAUGCCCGUACCUUAAAUGCCACCUGCGUGCUAAUUUCGAGCGACAGACAAACGCCUACCGGAGUCAUACGCAUCAUUCACGAUCCUACGUCGUCAUGCAAAUUUAGUCUUAAUGGUAGUGUGACUGGAUUGUCUGAAGGAAACCACGGAUUUCAUAUUCACAAUUACGGUGAUUUGUCACAAGGUUGUUUUAGUGCUGGAGAUCAUUAUAAUCCACUUUCUCUUGAUCAUGGAGCCUUAAAUGAUGAGAAUAAGCACUUAGGUGACUUGGGGAACAUUAGGGCUGAUAAUCGAGGGGUCGCAAUUGUUCAAAUAUGUGACACACAACUGUCUUUAUCCGGUGAGUUUUCAGUGUUAGGUCGCACAAUAGUAGUUCACAAAGAUCCAGACGAUUUAGGGCGUGGCGCUGAAUCAAGUAAAACUACUGGGAAUUCGGGUGCUCGUUUAGCAUGCUGUAUAAUCGGAACUGGGACAUUGCGUUCAUCUUCUUCGCGGACAUCCACAAUGAGCUAUCUAUUCUUCGUGUAUUUUUUCUUGGGUAUAAAUCAAAUCAGAAUGUAUCUUUGCUAA